UGCUAGAAAGAAGUCUACUAGAGAGAGAGAGAGAGCUUACAGUCAAAGUCUGACAUCAAAAUCUUUGAAAUUUCGAAUUUGAAUUUCCAAAGAAAAUAAUCUCAUUGUUGUGUGUGUUAUGUACAGUAAAUGCUUUCAACUUAGCAGCAAGGGAAGGGAUCUGAUUGAUAGUUUUUUGUUUUCUUCUGUUUCCCUCUGUCACCCCCCACUAAAGCAAAAAAAAAAUAAAGCAACAUCACAUUUCUUACAAAAAGAAGACCUAGAGAGAGAAGAGAGAACCCUUUUCUUCACCAUUGUUGAUGGAGAAGAAAGCUUCAUAUCUCAUUUUCUUGCCUAUGUUGCUGAGAGAAUGAAAGAGAGGAAAGUAGAUGAAAAUUAAGCUUUUUUUUUUCUUUCUUUUUCUUUUCUUGAUACUAAAAGCUACAUAAACCCAAUUAGGUCAAAUGAAAGUUUGUGUUGAGAGAUAAUUUUUUUAGGUUGCAUGUUACUUACCCUUCAAGUUUACAUCUUUUUAACCUUUAGAUUCUCAUUUUGUUCUUAUCCUUUCUCAUAAAAAGAAAAAAAAAUCAGAUCUUUCCUUCUUCUUUUGUAUUCCCUUAGCCACAAAGUUCGAACCUUUUUAGAAGAAAGGCUAUGGAUCGAAGAGAAGCAAUGGGUUCUUAUUACAUCCAAAGAGGCAUGCCUGGUUCUGCUCCUCCUCCUCCUCCUCCUCAGACUCAACAGCCCUUUCAAGGGUUUCACCAUUUCUCCAAUCCCAACUCUCCUUUCUUGUCUAACCAGAACAACCCAGGAAGCGGCGGCGGUGGCUCCGCCGCGUUCGUGUCUCCUCCUCCUUUACAAACGGAGUCUUCUCCGGUUGAUUCUUCAGCUCCUCCUCCUCCUCCUACUUCCGGUGAGACUUCUGGGAAGAGGAAGAGAGGACGGCCUAGGAAAUACGGACAAGACGGUUCUGUUUCUUUAGCAUUGUCUCCUUCCAUGUCCCCCCCAAACUCUAACAAACGUGGUCGUGGUAGACCUCCUGGCUCCGGCAAGAAGCAAAGACUUGCUUCCAUUGGUGACUUGAUGCCUUCAUCGUCAGGGAUGAGCUUCACGCCGCACGUAAUCGUAGUUUCCGUUGGUGAAGACAUUGCAUCAAAGGUACUGUCUUUCUCUCAGCAAGGUCCAAGAGCGAUCUGUGUCUUAUCAGCUAUUGGUGCAGUUUCUACUGCAACUCUUAUUCAACCAGCACCAUCCCAUGGAGCUAUAACCUACGAGGGUCGUUUCGAGCUUGUUUCUCUAUCACUUUCUUAUCUGAACGCAAAUGACAAUGACUACUCAAACCGAACUGGAAACCUAGCGGUCUCACUCGCUAGCCCUGAUGGUCGUGUCAUCGGUGGUGGAAUUGGAGGGCCUCUAAUAGCAGCAAGUCAUGUUCAGGUUAUCGUUGGAAGCUUCCUUUGGGCGGUUCCGAAAGGGAAGGUUAAAAAAAGAGAUGAAGCUUCUGAAGAUGUCCAAGAGACUGAUGCUUUGGAGAACAACGACAACACAUCAGCAGCACCAACGUCGCCUCCUGUUCCUCAGAACCUUGUUCAGACUCCUGUAGGCAUGUGGUCAACCGGUUCAAGAUCGAUGGAUAUGCAUCACGCUCAUAUGGACAUUGAUCUAAUGCGCGGAUGAUGAUGAUUCAUGUGUGUAGUACAUAACCAUUGAAACCUAGGAGAAGAAGAAGAAGACAAAGACUUUAAAGCUAACACCUCUCUGAGAGUAUUAUUGUCUUUUGGUUUUAUGUCUAGGAAACAAAAAGACUUGUAGUGAUUUUUCAGAACUCAUGUGUUUUCAUUUAUUAUUCUACAACAUACAAUCUGUUUUA